UCCCGAAUACGAUCGAACCAUGAUAACCGGUCAUCGUUGUACCCUUCGCCAUCACUCAAUAACCCAUCUGGCACCAAUUCUCCCGGGAACAUCGAAAUGGGUUAAGCUUCGACGAUUUAUCCGCACUUUGAUGCUGGUCUCGCCAGAGCAUCCCGAAACGAAGAACUACCUGAAAAGCUACACUCAGAUAUCGAACGAAAACAAACGCCAGGUUGGUAGUCAUCCUCCGUACGUGAUCCAUCCAUUCAGCACCUUUCGGCAGUACUGGGACAUGGUGGUGUUUGUUGCGUUGACGCUGCAUCUGCUCAUGUUGGCAUUUGAUUUCACUUUCCUGAUCUUUCAAGAGGUAUCGGCAUACCAGGGAGCGAUACGGUUCGAUCUGUUUCUGUGCGGCGUUUUAGUCCUGGAGAUAAUGCUGAAGUUCAUCACGGGAUUUGUGAUAAAGGAAACCAAUGAGAUCGUGCUGGAUCCAAAGAGGAUUGCGUUGAACUAUUUGAAAUAUGGCCGAUUGGUAUAUGACAUGCUGCGGAGUUUGCCGUACGUAUUGCUGUUGGACACUUUCAACCGACGAUAUUACCGGUAUGCGGUGGAAAUUUACUUGGCGUUUAUAAUUUAUUUGUACGCAAUCAACAUCUUCCGGUAUCAAGAAAUCUUCAAGUAUUUCAAGAUUCUGCCGAGGAUGCUUCGUAUUGGAGAAAAGAAGAUCCUUGUCAUGAAGCUAGUGAUGAAUACCAUAUACGUGCUUCAUUGGAGUGCUUGUUUGCGAUACAUCCUACCGGAGUUGACGAUCGUGAUGCAACCGAAGAGUUCUGAUAUACUGGGAUUAUCUCGUUCAGAAGAUCUCAACGAACACUUCACCGUUGGUCACUUUCUUGUCGAUGUAUACUGGCGACACUUUCGACAUGAAGAUUCCGUUCGCUAUCCGAUAGGACGUAGUCGAAUGAUCGUCGAACCUCCCAGUUUUAAAAUGUACGUGCAGUACUACUUUGAUAAUCGGCCCAUAGACCAGCGGAUCGUUGAUCGGAAUUUCGUUCUGAUGAAGCUGUAUGACAUCCGAAAAAACGCUAGCAUAUUUGAAAGAUAUCUGGAGAGCAUGAUGUCAACGGUGAAGAUCUGCCUGCAAGCUGGAAGAGACGAAGAUGCCGGAAUACAUUUCAUCAAUAACAUUCUGACGUCGUUUCUCCUGCUAGGAGGCUGGAUCUGGUUUACUUACAUCCUGCUAAGCAUGGUUCGUUUGAUAGUGUCUUCGGAAAUGAGUCAAACAAAAUACGAAGAGUUUGUCAACGAAUUUAAAGCGUUUUCGUUCAACAAACGACUUAGCAAUGUCUUUAAGCGGAGGCUGCUGAGCCAUCUGGAUUAUCGGUACAGGAAGCACUAUUUUAACGCGGAUGCAAUUCUUAGGACCAUGUCUGACAAUUUACGAAGAAGCAUACAAAUGGAGAUUUGCUAUCAUUUGCUCAAGUACGUAGAGAUGUUUCGGGGAUUGCCAAGGUCCGUGGUGGAAGAUAUUGUCGACAAUUUGAUGUAUGAAAUCUUUCUGGAAGGAGACAAACUCAUUGAAGCCGGUACUCAAGGUGAUUCAAUGUAUUUCAUAGCGUAUGGAACCGCUGCUGUGUACUCUGCAGGAGGCGUGGAACUUGGGCAUUUGAUCGAUGGAGCUCACUUUGGAGAAAUGUCAAUUCUCAACAAGGGGAAUCAAAGGACGGCUACAAUUGCAGCACUGGAAAACUGUGAAGUGUACAGAUUAACGUAUGACAAUUUUCAUAAGCUGAUUGAACGACAUUCACAUCUGCUUCUCGGGAUGCACAAAUUGGCAGAGGAACGAGUAGCAAAGGCAGAGAAAGAUAGACAGAGUUUACCAGCGUCGGAAGUGUACGAUAAUUUUUUGCAAUAA